AGCAGAGGGAGAGGGAGAGGGAGAGGGAGAUGGGGAUAGUGGCGGGGAUCGGUGUGCUCGUGCCAUUCCCGUUCUACUACUGGCUAUGGAGGAGGCCGCAGGCAUGGGUGAAUCUGUGUGGGAGAGGGCGUGACCCAAGCAAAGUGAUGGCUCUGGUUUCUCACUUGUUGAAGCUGAUUCAGAUCCUCUCUCUCUUUUCUGUCUCUUCCUUGUCUUGGCCUCCCCCUCUCUACUUCUGGCCCCUCUUCCUCUUUGGCCAGUUCCUCAACUUCAGGGUUUAUCAGUUGCUUGGUGAAUCCGGGACCUACUAUGGCGUGCGGUUUGGGAAGAACAUUCCGUGGGUGACUGAAUUUCCUUUCGGAUACAUAAAAGAUCCUCAGUACAUUGGAAGCAUCACGAGCCUCGUUGCAUGUUUAGCUUGGGUACCUUUUCAAUACAUUGCCUUGUGGGUGCUAGGCUAUGUAUUUAUGAUGCAUCUAGAGUCGACGGAAGAUCUAGGUACUCGUGCGGAGGCAAUCUCAUGAUCUUUCAUGAUUCUGAUUCUAACCAGCAACUUUGGAGUCAUUCUGCAUAACUGCAAUGGAUGCUUAGUUCGGUGAUUGUUUCAUUCAGAGUCAUUUUUUCCUCUUUCUGCAGUUGGACAUCAUGUUAUAUUUCCUUCUUUGGAAGACUGAAUAAUUCUUUAACCAUGCUGACAACAAGAUAUUUAGCUUCAUGGUUGAAAUGCUUCGGCUUUUUCGCUUCUAAAAUACAAAACACCACAAGGCCUUGAGCAUGCGUUGGUUAAUGCUGCUCAUCACACUUGCGGCCUAUAAUUUAUACCUUGUCUUGCACUUUUCCUGCAGUCUAAUCUGUUCAUUUUAUCCUGGAAA